AUUGCUGCCAUGGUAACGGACCACAUGAUGAGGUGUAUUAGAUUGCUGUGUGUUGAGCACAAGGGGAGGAAUGAACACAGCUUUUUAUUGAAGUUAAAGGUUACUUUGGAGUUUCUUCUGUGGAAAUGUGUAAGGUCAAAUACUAUAGCUUUUAGCAUAUGUAGUACUUCAGAAGAAGGAUUAGGGGCAUGCUGGUGCAUUUAACUACAAACCAGAAUGAUUGAAGAUAGUGGGAAAAGAGGAAAUACCAUGGCAGAAAGAAGACAGCUGUUUGCAGAGAUGAGGGCUCAAGAUCUGGACCGUAUCCGACUCUCCACUUACAGAACAGCAUGUAAGCUUAGGUUUGUUCAGAAGAAAUGCAAUUUGCACCUGGUGGACAUUUGGAACGUCAUAGAAGCCUUGCGGGAAAACGCUCUGAACAACCUGGACCCAAACAUAGAGCUCAAUGUGGCCCGCUUGGAGGCUGUGCUCUCCACAAUUUUUUACCAGCUCAACAAACGGAUGCCAACCACUCACCAAAUCCACGUGGAGCAGUCCAUCAGCCUCCUGCUUAACUUCCUGCUUGCAGCCUUUGAUCCGGAAGGCCAUGGUAAAAUUUCAGUAUUUGCUGUCAAAAUGGCUUUAGCCACAUUGUGUGGAGGGAAGAUCAUGGACAAAUUGCGAUAUAUCUUCUCAAUGAUUUCUGACUCCAGCGGGGUGAUGGUUUAUGGACGAUAUGACCAGUUCCUCCGGGAAGUUCUCAAACUGCCCACAGCAGUUUUUGAAGGUCCUUCCUUUGGUUACACAGAACAGUCAGCGAGAUCCUGUUUCUCUCAACAGAAAAAAGUCACACUAAAUAGUUUCUUGGACACACUGAUGUCUGAUCCUCCUCCUCAGUGCCUGGUCUGGUUGCCUCUUCUGCAUCGACUGGCAAAUGUAGAAAAUGUCUUCCAUCCGGUAGAGUGUUCCUACUGCCACAGCGAGAGCAUGAUGGGGUUUCGCUACCGAUGCCAACAGUGUCACAAUUACCAGCUCUGUCAGGACUGCUUCUGGAGGGGACAUGCCGGUGGUUCCCAUAGCAACCAGCACCAAAUGAAAGAGUACACAUCAUGGAAAUCGCCAGCUAAGAAGCUUACUAAUGCAUUAAGCAAGUCUCUGAGCUGUGCUUCCAGCCAUGAACCUUUGCACCCUAUGUUCCCUGACCAGCCUGAGAAACCCCUCAACUUGGCUCAUAUCGUGCCUCCCAGACCUGUAACCAGCAUGAAUGACACCCUGUUCUCCCACUCUGUCCCCUCCUCAGGAAGUCCUUUUAUUACCAGGAGCUCUCCUCCCAAGGACAGUGAAGUAGAGCAGAACAAACUGCUGGCUAGGGCUGCUCCAGCUUUUCUGAAAGGCAAAGGGAUACAGUACAGCCUCAAUGUGGCAGACAGGCUAGCUGAUGAACAUGUACUCAUCGGGUUGUAUGUCAACAUGCUCCGGAACAACCCAUCAUGUAUGCUUGAUAGUUCAAACCGGCUUGAUGAAGAACACAGGCUGAUCGCCAGGUAUGCAGCAAGACUGGCAGCAGAGUCCUCUUCAUCUCAGCCAAGUCAGCAGAGAAAUGCUCCUGACAUCUCCUUCACCAUUGAUGCAAAUAAGCAACAAAGGCAGCUGAUUGCAGAACUAGAAAACAAGAACAGAGAAAUCUUACAGGAGAUCCAAAGGCUGCGACUAGAGCAUGAACAAGCUUCUCAGCCCACCCCAGAGAAAGCACAACAAAACCCCACUCUGCUAGCAGAACUCCGGCUCCUCAGACAGCGCAAGGACGAGCUGGAACAGAGGAUGUCUGCUCUCCAGGAGAGCCGGAGAGAGUUAAUGGUCCAGUUAGAAGGGCUCAUGAAGCUACUAAAGGAAGAAGAACUGAAGCAGGGAGUAAGUUAUGUUCCCUACUGCAGGUCUUAACUAACAAUGGAGGGGCCUGCCAUCCUGCUGUUUUUCUCAUUGCUUUUGCCUCUAAUGUAUGUUCAUGCUUCAGUUUGGAAAGACAGAACAAAUCAUACUAAUUUGCUUCCUUUUCAAUGUAGUGCUUGAAUUGAGAUCUAGAAAAUCAGCAUUUUUUUGUAACUGUUACUACUGUUGGCAUCAAAAGAAGAACUAUUACACCUUUUAAAAGAGGGAACAAAUUGUAAUUUGUUUGGAACUCUCUAGAUCUCCAGGGGUCUAAGUUUCAAACCAGUCUCAUGUUUUUCUAGGUUGUUGAUCAGACCCUUCUCUGAAUAAAAGUCACCCAUUGCAGUCACUGUAGCUACACUGAGGU